GCUAAAUUCACUCUUCUGUAAUCUAUAUAGAAAACGAGCUAAUUAAAGAUUAAAGCGAAUUUAGAAACCCCUUUUUUCGUCAAUCGUUGAUUCCUUUCCUUACAGAUAAAGAUUCCUAGCUACUGCAUUUACUCUCUCUGCAACCCAAAACUUCAGAGCCAAAAGAGAGAGAGAGAGAGAGGGGAAAUGGAGGAGGAAGAAGGGGAAGAGUACCUUUUCAAGAUCGUAGUAAUCGGCGACUCAGCGGUGGGCAAAUCCAACUUGCUAUCGCGAUUCGCGAGGGACGAAUUCGACCACAACUCCAAAGCCACCAUUGGAGUGGAGUUCCAGACGCAGGUAGUGGAAGUCGACGGGAAAGAGGUGAAAGCGCAGGUGUGGGACACCGCUGGCCAAGAACGGUUCCGCGCCGUCACGUCGGCGUACUACAGGGGCGCCGUCGGGGCCCUCAUUGUCUAUGACAUCACACGGAGGAUAACUUUUGAGAACAUCAAACGCUGGCUCGAAGAGCUCAACACUCAUUGUGAUACUACGGUGGCAAGGAUGCUGGUUGGAAACAAGUGCGAUUUGGAGAGCAUUCGAGACGUGAGCGUGGAAGAGGGCAAGCUCCUUGCGGAAGAGGAAGGAUUGUUCUUCAUAGAGACGUCCGCCCUCGACUCCACCAACGUCAACACCGCCUUCGAGAUUGUCAUUCGUGAGAUCUACAAGAACGUUAGCCGGAAGCUGCUCAACUCCGACUCCUACAAGGCCGAGCUGUCCGUCAACCGGGUUAGCCUCGCGAAUGGAGCUGACAUGUCGAAGCAAAACAGGAGCAGCUACGCGUGCUGCUCCUCGUCCUCGUAAUUUUUGUUUUGUUCUCCCACGUUGUUUUAGCAGUUAGACAUUUGGGUCCCCAUGUUUAUUCUUUGAUGAAUUAGGGCAAUGAGGGCCUCUGAGGUUUGCCUUAUGGAAUGGCAUAUUUAUGUAUGUUUCUUGGUCAGGCCAGUGAAGUUUUAAAGAUGCAGCAGAACAAGUUAACAUGCACUCUGCAGUAUUCUUGUUUAUUUGGAGUUGGUAUAUGUGAAUUUCUUGGUGAUAUUGUCCGCUCUAACUCGGCCUGGUCUUGUUAGGAAGUGUCAAACGUGUCAACUCAUAGAUUUAUCGUCUCUUUCGAAUUGACUCUGCGAGUCUAUAACCAAUAGUUAUACCAUUGGCUCGGAUUCAUUUUGUAAGGCGGACAUGUGUUUAUUUACAUACUAAAGGUUCACAAUUUCACAA